UGGCAUGAUGUGGCUGGGAUGUGGAUGAUUUUGAGCAAAAUGCGUGCCGAGGUGAUUCUGGUGGUCCGCUUAUGUGUAAUGGUAGUCUAACGGGUAUUGUAUCAUUUUCCUAUGACUGCGCUCUACCCAACUAUGUAGUUUAUUAUACGAAUGUGACUUCGUAUCUUGAUUGGAUUCGUAAGAAUGGAUUAAGUAAAUUAAGGCCUGUAAACUUUAUUUUGCUAAUUGUGUUACAAAUUUUCAUAACGAAAGACAAGUGGAGAGUAAAUAUUACGCAUAUUAAUUGAAAAUUAGCAGUGUUUCUAUUGCAUCAUUCAGGUUAGUGAAACUACAAUACAUAUGGUAUGUACGUAAAAGUACAGGUACAAUGAAGAUGUGCUGAAACCAAUUUGUUUCCGAAACCUGGUAAAGCAGACCAUCUGCUCAAUUCAUUUCGAUCGAUUAGCCUACUGGUUAUUAUUUCGAAAAAAUAUUUUAAAAAAUAUUUGUGUGCAGACUUUCACCUCUGCUGAAGAAAAACAGCUCAACCUACAGAGUAGAACAUUUUAUAAAUAAUGGAAAAUUGUAAAUACUAUGAUGAGGUUUUCCUUGAUGUCUGUCAGACAUUUGACAAGGAUUGGCGCCUUAGCCUAGAAUACAAGUUAAAGGAAAACUGCCUUUGCCUUACUAACUGCUGCUAAAGUCAUGCUCGGACGUUCUUCAAUAUUAUCUACACAGCUGACCUACCAGUGAUGAGCUUUGACUCCAUAAUUUCGACAAUUUAUGCGGAUGAUACGGCAUUGCUGGCGCCUGCAGGAAACUGGAAAUGCAAUUGGCCGCUUUAGAACCACAAGUGGCUCUAUAUGGUCAGUUGCUACCAACAAGCACAAGCGCAAAAUAUCUGCAGCUUACAACUGAUAAGAGGCGUCUCUCCAAUAUGAAAAUCAAAAAAAAACUCAGCUCAGGUUAAGGUUUGCGCAGCUGUACUGGCUCCUAAUGACAAGAUCCCUCCUCAGUCUGACGAACAAGGUACGCAUACAUGGGAUCUACCAACAAGAACGACGUGAUUUGAAAAUGAAAUAAAAGACUCGAGCUUGGUCAAAAUAGGCUCUGUUUUUUUCUUUGCACGCAAUGUGUUCAUGUUUAGACGUCAAACAUGAGGCGGCGCAAUGUAUGGUUGGAAAUAGGGAUACUCCGCGUCGGUUUCAUCAAAUUCCGGGGAAAAAAGUCCACGUCGUAAUAUAACGCUCACUAUUGAUGGUAAGGGCAUUUCCUGCCAAUUGAAUUUCCUGAAACGCACGAGGAUUUGACUCAUCUUAAUACCGACAAUUUUGUUUGUUGACAAUUCUAUUAUGUAAGAUAUGGGACAUGAAGAACUGGUAAACCUUACUGAACACACGGACAACAUUUGACACAAGUCCGUAAACAAACAUGGCCGCCAUGAGCUUUCAAAAUCGUGUCAUACCUUUUGGAAAAAUAAAGUUAUACGCACUAUAGUGGGUGCACAUUUUCAUGUUACAAAUGACGUUCUGCAUCGAGAGCUAAGAAUACCCACUGUAAAAGAAACUAUAGAAGAAUUUAGUAGUCGUUACCUCUCUCGAUUGAAAAGGUAUGCUAAUGUACUUGCGAUCCAACUGGACCUGGAUAAAAAGAUAUCAUCCAUUAGGUAACCCCUUUCCAUUCAAUUGAACUCACCUUCAUUUAAGUCAAAUAUUUUUCAUUAUACUUCCACAUCAUUGUUUUUGUCAGCAAGUUUAGUUAUUGUCAUUUUAAUAAUAAGAAAGAUUCUAAAUACAACUAAAUAUUACACAAAAAAAACCUUUCUAUUUCGAACUUGAGUUUGUUUGAGAUGUUGAGUCUUACAUCAAGCAUGAUUCAAUUAUUAUUACUAUUAUUAUUGAAUCAUGUGUAUAAGAAGUUAAAAAUGUGUUUAAUUGAAAAAAUUUUUGUGUCAAUAAUUUUUAUCAACAUUAUACGAUGGGAAACAUAUCUUUGUGCAAUAAACAAUAGCAAUAUAAUCAUGGAAGAUGCUAAAGAAAAAUAUAAAUUUUUAAUAACUGGCGGUUAUCGUCCAAAAAUAGAUAAUUUGGCAAAACAUGUUGUCUCCAUACGAGGAAAGAAAUAUAAAUGGUUUUUUGGAGAUGAUCACAGUUGUGGUGGCUCCAUAAUCUCACCAAAAGUUAUUCUGACCGCAGCACAUUGUGUCUGUAAGCGCAAAAGCCGGAUACGGGUUAAACCGUCAGAUUUAUUGGUAGUAGCUGGAACCCCGAGGCGUUUGGUACCUACCGAAACAACACAAGUGUUAAAAGUUAAUAAAAUUAUUCGACACGUCUACUACAAGCCGUCAAGUUUUCGAAAUGAUAUUGCUAUUUUACUGUUGGUAAAAAGUAUAUAUGAAGACGGUGUUUCAGCACAGAGAAUUAGUCUGCAAACCAACAUAUUACCUCCCUAUACUAAAUGCACCGUGCUUGGAUGGGGUCGAAUUUUUUUCAUGGGCCCAAUGCCAGAUUUGAUAUUACAUGUCGAUGUCUAUAUUUUGCCAACUGAUUACUGUGAAGCUAGAACUGACAAUUUUGCUUUUGGCAUGAUGUGUGCUGGCGAUGAGGCUGAUCCUGAAAGAGAUUCGUGCAGUGGUGAUUCUGGUGGGCCGCUGAUAUGUAAUGGUAGUGUAACGGGUAUUGUAUCAUUUGGUGUUAAGUGUGGUAUACCCGAACAUGCCGGUUAUUAUACUAAUGUGACUUCGUAUCUUGAUUGGAUUCGUGAGAAUGGAAACAGUAAACUAAGACCUGUAAAUUUUAUUUUGCUAAUUGUGUUACAAAUUUUCAUAAUGAGAGGUAUGUGAAGUACAUAUGUAUGUAUGCAUGUAUGUAUGUACUUAACCCGCAAUUCAUAGAAAAUUAACGCUUGUUGUUAUUGGACCAGUUAAGUGAAACCAAGUUGAAUAAAAAAAGUGUUUCACGUGAUUGAGACAGGAGUGAAGAGUUGACAAUGUCUUAAUGUAGGUGAGCAUUCUAAAGAGGGGUGUUAAAUAAAUCUAGAUCGACUUAGUGUUUUACCGAUUCGGUAUCGGACUAAGUUGUUUCCGUAAGCGGAAUUUGAAUAUCAAAAGUUCUUGAUGCAAUCAAAUCACAGAUUUGUACAUGAUUUUUUAUUUGUUAUUUCAUAGAAAAAAUCAAUUAGAUGACGGCAGUUGCUGCCUUCGUCUAACAGCAAGCUUCAAAGGUUAAUAAUAAAUAAAGUAUAUGGUACAUUUGUAAAAGGUAAGCUGCCAAUUAAACGUUAUUUAAUAUUUACGUACAUGCAUACAAACGUACAUGUGUAUGUAUAUACUUGCUUCCAUAAAUCGAACACUCUCCACUUUAUAUAUUACAACAAAAUAUCGUUUGAGCUCAGUUCACCUAUGACAACGUAACGUUUACAACUACUAAUCAAUAUACUUAAGUAUAUAGUACAUAUAUGCAUAUGUACAUAUAUACCUACAUAUAUACAAUAUCAUAUUCGCAACGACAUUUCAUGGCACUAAAUGAUUUGAGAAUUCGUACCAAGGAUGGCGAAGUUCUCGGUACUCGUGACAUAUUAUUUGAGAAAUCACACGUAGUUCAAGAAGCGAAAAAAGUGACGGAUCAAGAAGGUUGCAUAUCAUUAAAUAAAAUUACAUCAAACAUUUUGCGUCGUAUUAUCAUAUGGGCAGAAAAAUGUGAGGAUGCGUCUUAUGAAUUAGACAAUAACAACAUGGAAAAAUGGAAAGACGAAUUCUUAGAUGUCGACAAUGAAACAUUAUUCCAAAUAAUUAGUGCUGCUGAUGACUUGCAUCAAAAGGAUCUCGUCAAUAGGGCUAUAACUAAAGUAGCUAGAGAAAUCAGUGACAAAUCAGCACCGGAAAUAGCGAAAUAUUUUAAUUUACGUUCAAAAAAUGUACAUUUGUGAGACUUUAUACAUUCGGAAAUGAAAUAAAUAAAAUGUGAUUAGUACUCUUAAAGAUAA